AUGAAUACUUCACUGUUGGGUCAAAAUGUAUCUACUGCUGUAACGAGCCAAUUCAAACAAGACUCUUUUGACUCUGCAGUAGCCAAAAAUGUUCUGGUUGUUGCUCUUGGAAUUACCAUCAGCUACAUAAAUGGCACAAUGAUCUACACCUUCUGGAAACACCAGGUCUUUUACAUGAACUCUCGCUACAUCUUAUUCAUACACCUAGUGAUCAAUGAUAUGAUCCAGCUGUCAACAAGCAUCCUUCUGUUUGUGCUGAGCUAUUUUUUCCACAUCAAUGCCUUUCUAUGUUGCAUUAUAAUUGCCUUUGCUGUUCUCACUACUGUCAACACUCCUCUAAACUUAGCAGUGAUGGCAGUGGAGUGUUAUGUUGCUGUAUGUUUCCCCCUUCGGCAUUCUGACAUGUGCACUGUCAAAAGGAUUUACAUAGUGAUUGCAUGUAUUUGGGCUUUAAGCUUACUGUCAUCUUUACCAGACAUAUUUUAUUUUAUGGCAGCAAACCCUGAUCAGCUAUUUUCCUCUACGCUUUUGUGUACUAUUAAUACAUUGAUUACAAAUUCUAUUUUUAUCAAAAAGAAAGAAAUUUUAUAUAUUGUAUAUUUUGUUAGUGUCUGGCUUGUGUUUAUUUAUACUUAUUUUAAAAUAUUCUUUGCCACUAAAUCGCUCAAAUCUUUAAAGUCUUCUGAGACUAAAAAGGCUCAAAAUACUAUCCUUUUGCAUUCGUUUCAGUUGCUUUUGUCCAUGUUAACCUACAUUUAUCCAAUGACACUGAAACAAAUUUUUCAACUUUUUUCUCUAUAUUACGUGCAUGUAAUAUAUUUGUGGUAUAUUUUGGUCCAGAUUUUACCAAGGUGUGUUAGUCCCAUUCUGUACGGGCUGCGUGACGUUUUGUUUAGAAAUCACCUGAAAAAGUACCUGCCAUGUUCAUUUUGCUUGAGGCACCAAUAG